AUGACAGAGCAGCCCUUCAAAAUUGCUGUCCCGGACUCUGAGCUCGACUUUCUCCGCAAGAAGCUCGACCUCGUGCGUCUCCCGGACGAGCUGGACGAGGCCGGUUGGGACUACGGCGCGCCCCUUGCGGACAUCAAGCGGCUCGUCGCGCGCUGGAAAGAGGGCUAUGACUGGCGGGCGGCGGAGGCGGGCAUUAACGAGAUUCCGCAGUUCACGAGGGACAUCGACGUCGACGGGUUCGGGACACUGAACAUCCACUACAUUCACCAGAAGAGCGCAGUGAAGAACGCAGUCCCGUUACUCUUUCUUCACGGAUGGCCUGGACACUGCCUGGAGGUGAGGAAGAUGCUCCCGCUGUUGACCGAAGCCUCUCCGGACCAACCAAGCUUCCAUGUCGUCGCUCCCAACCUGCCCAAUUUCGGCUUCUCGGAGGCAGCAAAGAAGCCCGGCUUCAGCGGUACCCAGUAUGCGGAGGUAGCGAACAAGCUCAUGUUGGCCCUGGGAUACGACGAGUAUGUCGUGCAGGGUGGAGAUUGGGGUUCUUUCAUCGCUAGCAAGCUCGCCGCGGCGUACGGCCACCAGAGCGUCAAAGCCUGGCACACCAACUUUCCAAGAGUCCGCACCCCGCCAUCCUUCACAAAGUUCCCGCGCCUCUGGCUGCAGCAUGCGCUGACCGCGUAUACGGACAAAGACCGCGCCCGCCUCGCGCGCGCGGCCUGGUUCAUGCAGAAGGGCCGCGGCUACUUCCUCGAGCAGGCGACGCAGCCGCAGACGAUCGGCUACUCCCUUGCGGACUCGCCCGUCGGCCUACUCGCGUGGGUGUACGAGAAGCUCGUGGCGUGGUCGGACGACUAUCCUUGGGAUGACGACGAAGUGUUGACGUGGAUCUCGGUGUACUGGUUCUCGAAGCCGGGCCCGGCGGCAUCCGUGAGGAUCUACUAUGAAGUGACCAACGCGAACGAGUACACGGAUGUCCCGUGGAGCUCUAUCCCAUGCGGAAUCUCGUUCUUCCCCAAGGAGCUCACCCCCUCGAAGACAUGGUCGAGAACACUGGGAAACGUCGUGUUCGAGUCGGAGCAUAGUGCAGGCGGCCACUUUGCUGCCCACGAGAGACCAGAGGACCUCACUGCGGACGUGCGCGCGAUGUUCAGAAAGGGCGGGCCCGCCUUUGGGGUGGUCCCCGGGCGGAUUGGGUACGAUUGA